AUGGACGAACAGAUAAUCUCGGCGAUUCAAAUCGCUUACGACCCCUCCGCAGACCCAGCCCUCAAACGACAGGCCUUUGACUAUGUCAACCAGUUGAGGCAAGAGCCCUCGGCAUGGCAGCCAUGCCUGGCCAUCUCCCUACAAGUUCCCCGCCAGCCCAUGGUCAUUCGAGUCUACUGCCUGGAGAUCGUCAAUAAUGCAGUCCAAGGUGGUCUGGUGGACCAACAAGGCUUGAGAACCAUCGAAGAACAACUCAUGGCAUACCUGCGGAAGUUCUACGGGGCACCAGGCCAGACAGACACGCCAGAUCCUGGCACACUCGUUAACAAGUUUGCUCAAACCGUGACCUUCCUGUUCUCGACAUUUUACGGCUCCGGGUGGGAGACUUGCUUCGAUGAUUUGUUGGCCCUUACCUCAACAGGAACCGGCCCAAAAGACAACUAUCCGGGACUAGUCUUCUAUCUGACAGUUCUCAAUGCCAUCCACGAUGAGAUUGGGGAUCAAUUGCUUUCCCGAUCUCGGGCUGAGCAGGACAGAGCAAACACACUGAAGGAUUUGAUUCGAGCCCGAGAUGUUCAAAAAAUCGCUCGGUCAUGGGAGGAGAUCUUGUCCCACUGGGGGACUUCCAACGACGUUAUUGCCGAGCUAUGUCUGAAAGCUGUUGGGAAGUGGGUUAGCUGGAUUGAUAUAUCCUUCGUGGUGAACCAGUCGAUGCUCGAACUCCUGUUCCAGCAGCUGGAACGAGCACAGAAGGUUGAUCCUCGCAAGAGUGAGGAGCAAGCAAGAGACGCAGCCAUUGAUGUCUUCACGGAGACGGUCGCAAAGAAGAUGCCAUCCGCGGACAAAGUCAACAUGAUCACCUUUCUCAAUCUCGAAACAGUCGUCUCACGACUUGUGACUUGUCCGCCGCUGAGCGACACCAGAGCGUCAAACUAUGAUGUCGAUCUUGCUGAAACGGUUGCAAAACUGGUCAACACUACAACAAUGGAUAUCGUCAAGGUGCUAGAGAUGGAGACCCAAGGCUCACCAACGUGGGCAAAGGCCGAGCAGCUCCUGCUCGCGUUUCUGCCGCAUCUGCUUAGAUUCUUCUCCGACAUAUUCGACGAAGUCUGCUCGACGGUUCUCAAUGCUAUGAACGAUGUUCUCACUUUCUUGAGACGUGCUAGCCAAGGAGAAGCCGCCUCUGCCCAAAGAGCAGCAAUGCUUCUGCCCAUCCUUAAAGCAAUAUUCAUCAAGAUGAGAUAUGACGACACUGCCGACUGGGGACAGGAAGACGAGCAGACAGAUGAAGCAGAGUUCCAAGAACUGAGAAAAAGAUUAGCGGGCUUGCAGUCAGCAAUUGCCGCCGCGGAUGAGCAGCUCUACAUUGAUGCAAUUUCAGCACUUGUUCACGAAACCUUUGAACGACUACGAUCAGAAGGAUCUCGACUCAAUUGGCGCGACUUGGAUCUUGCAUUACACGAAGUCUAUCUGAUAGGGGACUUGGCUGUGAGAGGAGGUGGCUUGUAUCAGAAGAACAAGCCAAACUCGCCAGCCGCAGAAAAGCUGGUGCGGAUGAUGCUGGAAAUGGUACAGUCAAACACCGGUUCCUUUGCACACCCCGCUAUACAACUGCAGUAUAUGGAGAUAAGCGUCAGAUACAGCUCCUUCUUCGAGAAACACUCAGAAUACAUUCAGCCAGUCCUGCGAAAUUUCCUCGAGCUCGCCCAUCACCCAAGCUUGAAAGUCAGGGCGCGAGCCUGGUAUCUCAUUCAGCGACUUAUCCGUCAACUUCGCGCUUUUGUAGGGAAUGCGGCUGAGGCUGUCGUGCAGAGUCUACAGGAUCUCCUAGCCAUACGCGCGGAGUUACCCAAGGAAGAAGACGGAGAUGACAUGUCGUCAGAUGGUGACUCCGCCACCGACUCUACGUUUACCAGCCAGCUGUACCUGUUCGAAGCCGUUGGCUGCAUCUGCGGAGCAACUACCGUCCCUGCAGACAAGCAGGUACAAUAUCUAUCUGCCGUCAUGCAGCCGCUCUUCGUUGAUAUCGAGCGGAACUUGGAGGUAGCUAGAUCAGGGAAUGAGCUUGCCGUUCUCCAAGUCCAUCAUGGUAUCAUGGCACUCGGUACAAUUGCGCGAGGCUUCUCCGAUUUCAACCCUGGAGUUUCCGCGCAAGGAAGCGGAGUUGAGCCAUCGCCACAGGCGAAACAGGCAUUUGCACAGGUUGCUGAGGUGACUAUUGUCUCUCUAACGGCCCUCAACUCGUCCUUCCAAAUCAGAACCGCUUCUAGGUUCGCCUUUUCGCGUUUAAUCGGUAUGGUCGGUACUCAGAUGAUGCAACAGCUGCCUCAAUGGGUUGACGGUCUACUGACGGACUCUUCGACGAGAGACGAGAUGGCGCUCUUCCUCCGACUGCUGGACCAAGUCAUUUUCGGUUUUAAGAACGACAUACAGGACUUCCUCGAUCGGCUCUUCUCAGGGCUUCUUCAGAGAGUCUUUGCUGGUAUAUCCGCAGCCACUGCAGGGACGGACGAUGAGAUCGAGUUGGCAGAGCUGAAGAGAGAAUAUCUGAAUUUCCUCAUGGUGAUCCUCGGAAACGACCUCGGCGCAAUUUUGGUCAGCGCCAGAAACCAGCCGAUCUUUGAAUCGGUGAUCGGCUCCAUCGAGCACCUCGCGAGAGACGUGGAAGACUUUCCGACUGCGAAGAUGGCGUUUUUACUUCUUUCGAGGAUGUGCACAGUAUGGGGAGGUCCUGACGUGGUUUCCGCAACCGGCCAGGUGGAUGGCAAUGUCCCCGGGCCGCAGCCUGCCCUUCCCGGCUUUGAUCAAUUCAUGAUCACUCGAUUCUCCCCACUGUGUUGGGCUCUGCCUACUAAUCCUUCGUUUAACAGCAAGGACGCACAGGCACGGCAAGCCCUUGCCGAGGCCGCUGGUCUCCAGAAGACCAUCUACACAAAAACAGGUCAGCAAUACCUGACUUGGUUGCAAGAAAAGGAGUUGAGAACAAUGGGUAUGAAUGAUACCCUGAUCAACGAAUAUUUGCAGAAAUUGGCCACCAUGGAACCAAAGGCGUUCAAGAUCUUUUUUGCGAAGUUUAUCGCACAAGGUGGCCAGAUGUGA